UUUCAUUGUGUGCUCGCUGCUUAUCAGGUGACGGUCGGUGGUCGGGUUUUGUACGAUCAGAGAACACGCCAGUAACAAAAAAACGUUCGUUGUGCGAUCAUUUCAUUGUGCACGACCAAUAAUACGUAUACGUAGUGUGACACCCAAAGGGUUGUGAUCUACUAGAAAAGGAUUAUCCAUUAAUAAAACAACAAAUCAUGAAUGCAAAGUUCAAUCUGUGCCGCUGCACGCUGCUGGUGCUGGGCGUGUUCUGUCUGCUGAAUGAGUCUUCGGGCAACUAUUGCUCCCUGGAGAAAAUGAAGAAAUUCGCGAUGGAGGCCUGCGAGCAUCUGUUCCAGCAGGACGAGGCUGGAAGGCGGGACAAGCGGUCCAUAGAGUACAGCCAUCACCAUCUAAAUCGCCUGGGAUACGGCAAGCUGUCCGACAAGCAUCAUUUCCUCAGCCGGAGUAGCUAUCCCACGGGUGGCUAUCUGAAAGUAAAUCGGGAACAUUUCCGCCGCCUCAGCGACCUGGAUGUGGUGCCACGUUACAAGCCCAAGAAGGUACAUCACGACAAGAAGGGGCGCUUCAAGCGGGAUCAUUCCAGCACCAGUUACAAUAACAUACCCUACUGCUGCUUCAACCACUGCGACGAGGAGUUCUUCUGUUAGAACAACACUUCGCUAGUACAUCCGUCCAUAGAUUAGUUUAGCUUCUACACACACACACACACACACACAUGACUACAAGACGCGCUCACUCUUAUAGAGUCCGGUACCUUAUUUGUUCCCCCCCCUUGGAUGGGAUCACAAAUCUUGCCACAGUAUUUAUACAUUUAGAUAGAUUAAUAUUUAGUUGUUAAGACGGGCAAAUGUAACCCAAAAUAAAGAAAAGAAAUACAU